AUGGAGCUGCGGGUCCUCAAGAUCCUAGGCUCGGCGCCUCACCCGAACGUCGUCCGGCUGUACGGUUUCCACGUCGGGCUGCUGCCUUCGCAGUGCAUCGCUGGCCAUCCCGCCCGCUGCGACCUCUACGUCGGCACUGCAGCCGGCCCGGCCAGCAGCACCGUCCUGUGGCGCGUGCUCGAGCGGUGCGGUGCAGACCUCUACGAAAGGCUCCCGACCCUCCGCAGGGACUCCGGCGCGCAGCUUCCGGAGCCGCUCGUACUCGCGCUUCUGGAGCAGAUUGCGUGCGCCCUCGCCCACCUGCAUCAACACGGCAUCAGUCACCGCGACAUCAAGCUCGAGAAUGUGCUGGUGGCGCCUUGUGGCAGCCUCAAAUUGGCUGACUUUGACUUGGCGUCGGUCGACGCGGCCUGCACGGACACGGUGGGCACGCGCUCGUACGCCGCGCCGGAGGUGCUGGCUGCGAGCGAGCGCGCGCCGUACGCGCCAAUGCCCGCUGACGUGUGGUCCUUUGGUUGCCUGGCCUUUGGGCUGGCCACAUCGUUCUUCUUUGUGGACGAGGCGAGCGAGCGGGACUGGAGGUUCGCAUUGGUCGCGCGCUGCCAGGCGGACGGGCGCAGCGCCCUUCGCGUCCUCUUCUCUGCGUACCGCCUUCCCUGCCCCUUCUCGCCCGAGCUCUGCUCGCUGCUCGACCAGUGCUUGCAAGUCACACCUGCGGCUCGGCCAAGCAGCGCGAGCGUGCACAAUGCGCUGGAACAGCUGGUCGUGCGCAAUUCGCGCGCCGCGCUGGUGCCGUCGGCGCCGCUCGCGCAGGAGCCGCAGGCUGUCUUCCAACUGUGCGUGCCGCCCUUGUCUUGA